CAACCUUUCAAUUUAACUGCUUUUGAGAGAAUUCUCUUCGUUGGCUCCGCAGGGAAGACCUUACUCAGCUCCGAGCAGUCUUUGCAAGUGGGGCCAAGGAGCUACCCUGGGCCAAAAAGAGAGCAUUAUGUCACCGGAAGCCCAAGCCAGGAGAACAUGAGGACCUCAGAAGCCAUGUCGAAGCCCCAUAGUGAUGUCGGGACUGCCUUCAUCCAGACGCAGCAGCUGCAUGCAGCCAUGGCUGACACGUUCCUGGAGCACAUGUGCCGCCUGGACAUUGAUUCGCCGCCCAUCACAGCCCGGAACACUGGCAUCAUCUGUACCAUCGGCCCUGCUUCCCGAUCAGUGGAGAUGUUGAAGGAGAUGAUUAAAUCUGGAAUGAAUGUGGCUCGCAUGAACUUUUCUCAUGGAACUCACGAGUACCACGCGGAGACCAUCAAGAACGUGCGCACGGCCACUGAAAGCUUUGCCUCUGAUCCCAUUCUUUACCGGCCGGUUGCUGUGGCCCUGGACACUAAAGGGCCUGAGAUCCGAACUGGGCUCAUCAAGGGCAGCGGCACCGCGGAGGUGGAGCUGAAGAAAGGGGCCACUCUCAAGAUCACUCUGGAUAAUGCCUACAUGGAAAAGUGUGACGAAAACACCCUGUGGCUGGACUACAAGAAUAUUUGCAAGGUGGUGGAAGUGGGCAGCAAGAUCUACGUGGAUGACGGACUUAUUUCUCUGCAGGUGAAGGAGAAAGGUGCUGACUUCCUGGUGACAGAGGUGGAGAACGGUGGCACUUUGGGCAGCAAGAAGGGUGUGAACCUCCCUGGGGCUGCGGUGGACCUGCCUGCCGUGUCAGAAAAGGACAUCCAGGACCUGAGGUUUGGGGUGGAGCAGAAUGUAGAUAUGGUGUUCGCAUCUUUCAUUCGCAAGGCAUCUGAUGUCCACGAGGUCAGGAAGGUCCUGGGAGAAAAAGGAAAGAACAUCAAGAUAAUCAGCAAAAUCGAAAAUCAUGAAGGAGUUCGGAGGUUUGAUGAGAUCCUGGAAGCCAGUGAUGGGAUCAUGGUGGCCCGCGGUGACCUAGGCAUUGAGAUCCCGACAGAAAAGGUCUUCCUCGCUCAAAAGAUGAUGAUCGGGCGCUGCAACCGCGCUGGGAAACCCGUCAUCUGUGCCACGCAGAUGCUGGAGAGCAUGAUCAAGAAGCCCCGUCCCACCCGGGCUGAGGGCAGUGACGUGGCCAAUGCAGUCCUGGAUGGCGCUGACUGCAUCAUGCUGUCUGGAGAGACGGCCAAAGGGGACUACCCCCUGGAGGCUGUGCGCAUGCAGCACCUGAUAGCUCGUGAGGCUGAGGCAGCCAUGUUCCACCGCCAGCUGUUUGAAGAACUUGUGCGAGGCUCAAGUCACUCCACAGACCUCAUGGAAGCCAUGGCCAUGGGCAGCGUGGAGGCUUCUUAUAAGUGUUUAGCAGCAGCUUUGAUAGUUCUGACGGAGUCUGGCAGGUCUGCUCACCAGGUGGCCAGAUAUCGCCCCCGUGCUCCCAUCAUUGCUGUGACUCGUAAUCACCAGACAGCUCGCCAGGCCCACCUAUACCGAGGCAUCUUCCCUGUGGUGUGUAAGGACCCAGUGCAGGAGGCCUGGGCUGAGGAUGUGGACCUCCGGGUGAACUUGGCCAUGAAUGUUGGCAAAGCCCGAGGCUUCUUCAAGAAGGGGGAUGUGGUCAUCGUGCUGACCGGGUGGCGUCCUGGCUCUGGCUUCACCAACACCAUGCGUGUAGUGCCUGUGCCGUGAUGGGCCCCAGAGCCCCUCCUCCAGCCCCUGUCCCCGCCCCUCCCCCAGCCCAUCCCUUAGGCCGGCGAUGCUUGCAGUGCUCGCUUGGGGCUGUAGUGCGGCACCCAUGGACGGGCUCCAGGGAAGAAGAUUAAGGCCUUUGUAAAGCGUGGCUAUUUUUAAGACCCUGUUCAGGUGAGGUAUAGUCCAGAGCCAGGCUGCCCAUCUUACGGCCCUGCCCAAGCCAGACAGACAGAUGGGUGCAGGACUGGAGGCUCCGAAGCUGAACAUAGAGGGCAAUCGCUUCUGCUUCUGCUCUGUGCACUCCAUUCAGUUCCUGUAGAAAUGGACACUCGCAGAACUCCCAAGCCUGGCCUGGGUCAGAAGAUAGCUGGCUAGAGAGGGCAGUGGUUUCAGUUUCAGCAGACUGUCUGGCCCUGGCCUUCACUUCUCCAAUCCCCUCAGCCUCCCCCACUCCCAUCUUGUGCACUGUGCACCUCCGUUCCUGCACUCCACUCAGCCGUCCCUGCAGACACUCCAUCCUCCACCUCUCAUCCCCACACUGCAGACGCCUCUAGGCCUGUUGCUAUACAGCCUCCCUGUAUGUCAAUAAACAGCAGCUGCAGCA